ACUGAAUGCUAAAAAGGGAAUAAAGACGUAGACAAAAAAGAGAAAACAAAAUGGUUGGAAAUUAAUGUCAGCACUUGAACCAGCGAAGGAAGUGGUCGUUUGAAGAGGGUGAUUCGUAAUUCGGCUUUUGCUGUUUGAAGGACUAAACGACGCCACCACAGGACCGCCAGAUCUGAGAAAUCCUGCCGCCAACCACCAUCGGAGAAUCGAGUCAGGAUGGAUUGGUCCACCAUCCCAUGGAACUGGGUCAUUCCACUCAUCGUCCUGUUAGUCCUACUUCUCUUCUCCAUCGGCCUAGCCUGCUUCUGCAAGUUCGGCUGCAAGAGGGCGCCCCGCCACGAGAACCCCAAGGUCAUGCUGCACAAUAUCGACUCCGUGGAGGUCAUCAGCAAUCCGACUUGCGUGACUGUCUUCGUGCCCGCCGGUGAGACGGUCGCGGGCGGCGUCAUCGAAGACGACGAGAUCGACCUCGGACUCGCCACCACGGCGACUAAAAGACCGCCCCCAUCGUCCGUCAGAGCAAAAAACUCCAAGUCCAAUCGGGUGGCCGACAAAGGGGGUGCCCCCUCUGGUAACCCUGACGCCUUCACCAAUCCGGAGGCGGACAUUUCGCUGGUGCCCAUGGAUCUCAGGAGCAGCACAUGCCGGGAAUACCAGAACCCGGUCGAGAUGGACCAUGACGUCAGUGAGACGUCAGAGUCGGCACCCAUGAUUCCUUCGAUGAAAUGAUGAUAUAGUGGAAACUGUUUUGCCUGGAUUUGAGCUACAAAUGGUUGCGACGUCAGAGGCACCAGCCCAUGAGUCCGCGCGGGUUUGUGUACUUUUUACCAUCGCCAUCCAUGCAAACCCAUCCACAUAUUUUGUAUACAUUUAACUCUGAUUGUCUUUUUUUAUG